AGUACGAUCUUGGAUGGUGAGGGCUGCAACUUCUUUCUGGAUCUCUGGAAGACUUGGUGACUUUUGGUGUCACUCUCUCUCUCUCUCUCUCUCUCUCUCUCUCUCUCUCUCUCUCUCUCUCCCCGGCAACGACCAGACCUAGGACAGCAGCAUGGCUGAGGUCUACCACCUAGGCUGCCACAAAAGACUCCUUCCUGAAAUGGGUGCAGAGCUCACUCAGCUGAGGGAGGUUUCACACUUGCCUGGCCUGGCUGUGGGAAGACAGAGGACGGGGCCACAUCUGGAGCAGGGACAGACCCACAACGGCCACAGAGUGCUCUCUAGUCUGCCCCUUCAGAUGCUGCUCUAUUUCAACGUCUUCUUCCUUCCUUUCUGGGGCCUGUCGGAGGCGAUUAUGCUGGAGCUGAAGUUUAGCUUGCUACCUCUCUACUACCAGUGCUUGCUGGUUGGUGCGUACCUGACAAUUGUCGGAGCGGAAUCUGCCCGCCUCUUCCUUGGAUAUGUUGGGAAUUUGCAAGAAAAGGUUCCAGAGCUGGCUGGAUUCCUCCUCCUCUCGGUUGUAAUUGAGAUGCCUGUCUUGCUGUUUGUCCUGACGGACCAUCAGGUGAUCCGGAUGCCUCUGGAAAUGGCGGUGCACGGGGUCCUCCUCUGCUUCCUUACCUCGGAGAUUGUGGCCGCUUCCUUUGCCCUCAAAGGAAUAGCCAGGCACCUGGCCAGGCAGUUCUACCUGAUGCAGUGUGAAGGGCGGCCGGGCAGAGUUCGGCACCAGGAGCUCUGUGGGGGAAACCAUCAGCCCUGAGCCUGCCCCCGUUUCAGUGCAGCAGCACUAACCAUCCACUUCCUGUAGUAUAAAUGAAGUCUAAUAUGAAUAAUUCCCUAAACUAACAUCAAGUUAACCAUGGAUAAGCAUGAUGUAGGCUUACAAUUUUUCGCAUUUUGGACCACAUUUCACACACAUAUUGAUCUUCUCAUCCUUUUCCUGUGAUAUAAUUAGCAAUUUAUGCUAUUUGUGCAAAGAGAACUGUGACAACUUUCCUGCUUGUCCUCUUAGAGCCAAUUUCUCCUGUUUAGCUACGGCCUGGUCUGAUGACCUGUGUGGAGGUUAGACUUUAGGAAGAACUAGAGAACUGGAAGCAAAGAAGGACACCAGAGUCCAGGCAUCCAGAUUAAAGAGCCACGCCUCUCCUUGAACACAACCAGGGAAGUGGAGCCUGCCAUUUAUUUAUAUUUAUUAAAUUUAUUUGCUGUUCAUCUCGCCACAAGAUGGUCACCACGAAUUUUCAUUCCUAAGAAAGCUUCUAUCUCUGCUUCCCCAACCUGGUGUCAUGAGUCUCAGUGUGGCCUCUAUGUUUGCUGAGAAAAAUACCUCUGACGCACAAAGUCUUCUUAGGAAAGAACAUGAUAAGUGCUAGGGCAGCGGUUCUCAACCUGUGGGUCGCGACCCCAUUUGGGGUCGAACUACCAUUUCAUGGGGGUCGCCAAAUAACGCAG